GUGCUGCUGAAAGUAAAGUUUAACUGAUUUUGGGACACUCAUCACUUUCAAGAUUUAAAGAACUUGACGCACGCACAGAGAGACAAACGGGCUGGAUGGAGCGAUACGAACACCGAGGAGCUGUGUAGAUACCACCCGGAGACACUGCAUCCUUUUCGGCGUUGGCUCAAGCCUACUCUUUAACAAUGGGAUCUGUUUAAACCUGUGGGCUUUCCAUCAUGUUGGACACACUACCUCAGUGGCUCCCCCACUGCCCCAGAUGGACAUGGCUCCUCUCUGUCGGGACCGUCCUGCUAUGGCUGCCCCUGUCCCACACGACGACCUCCCCACUCAACUGCCACAAAAUUUGCAUCUGCGCCUCCAACAUCGUCAGCUGCUCCAAGAUGAACCUGUCAGACGUCCCGCUGCACAUCCCUUCCUACACUGUUGUUCUGGACCUCAGCUACAAUGAACUUAAGAGGCUCAAAUCAGAGUGGACCCCAGACCGUCUGCCCAACCUCCAUAAUUUACUGGUUAGCCACAAUGAAAUGACUUUUUUGUCAUCAGAAGCAUUUGUUAAUGUAAAGCACCUGCGCUACUUGGAUUUGUCUUCUAACCAGCUACGACAACUGGAUGAGUUUGUGUUUGAGCCUUUGGUGAAUUUAGAGGUCCUUCUUUUGUACAACAACAGAAUAACCACGAUUGACCGUGCAGCUUUUAUCACAAUGAUCAACUUACAGAAGCUUUACCUUAGCCAAAACCAAAUCUCUCGGUUCCCCACAGAGCUCAUAAAGGACAAGUCACGCUUGGACAAACUAAGUCUGUUGGACAUAUCUUCAAAUCGAGUUGCAGUUUUGCCCAUAGAUGAGCUAAGAAACCUCCCUGCCUAUAUCAAAAAUGGUCUUUACUUUCACAGUAACCCUUUGCAUUGUAAUUGUGACCUCUACACUCUUUUAGCUCACUGGUACAUCCGAAAUCUCAACUCCGCCGUGGACUUCAAAGACGACUACACAUGUGUCUUACCUGGACCCCAAAAAACCCAAGUUCCCGCCUUUGACCUUAGCAGUGAUUACAUGAACUGCAGUACAUUCAAAGAGGAAGAAGAAGAGGCAUUUUUGGAGCAGUCGCUACUUCUCAGGUGCGAUACAAAGCACAGGAACAUGUUCAAGACUUGGACACUUCCUGGGAAUGUACCAGUGAUAGCAGGAACUAACCAAACGGCCAAAGUGUCGAACGAUGGAAAUUUGCUGGUCAACCCGGUGAAGACAGAUGAUUCUGGGACCUAUACGUGCUUCGCUACAAGUGAGGCAUUCAACGAGACCAUCUACAUUGUGCUAAAAGUGUAUAAUUUUACCAUGCAUAGAAGCGGGGAAACUCUUAACACGGCGUAUACAACAUUAGUGGGUUGUCUAGCUAGCGUUGUCAUGGUCCUCAUGUAUCUCUACCUUACGCCGUGUCGCUGCUUCUGCUGUCCCAACAAGGGCAAAGGCAGAGGUGAAGACAGCAUCCACUCCUCCAUGCUAAGCGUUACGCCAACCCAUGAGGAUCCAGCAUUGAAAGCAGAAAUAAACCGCCACGUCGCUUUUAUCGACUCCAAGAACUCCCAGGGGCAAAAUGGCAAACUUAACCCCAAUGGUGAUGAGGACGAAGAGGAUGAGGAGGAAGAUCAGGAUGCAGAGGCUGGAUCACUCAUGAAAGGCAAGAGAAAGAAGUCCGUGGCGGAGUCUAUAAGCUCAGUGUUCUCAGAUACGCCGAUGGUGGUUUGAACUGGACAAGACGGCCACCAUAUUUUGUAUCGUAGUCCAUCAAAUUGGACGUAUAAAUACAAGGGAUACUUUCAACAAUAAGCAGGACUUUCUUUCUCCAGCAUUUAAUUGUGUAGCACUUAAUUUUCAUACUGUGAAGGAAUGGCGAUGUGAAUUGGUAAGAUUAGACGUAGACUUGAGGAUUCAGGAGGUGACAAAUCAGACUGGUGACAUACAUGAUGCACGGUUGGCUCAUUACUAUAGCAGACUCAUAAGGGACUAAGAAUAGAGCGCAUCUUAUGUAAACAUUUGUUGCAUUUACUGCACAGGAGCCCAGACGGAGAUAGCCAGAGACACAGGAAGCCUUCGAUUCAUCUGUCAUUAAGACUGAGUCAUCUUUGGUAGAGUGAUACACCUAGUCUAUUUAUGUAGGAAUUUAUAUUGAAAACAGUAGCACAAGUAUGACAAUAAAAAAAUCUAGAUUCACACGACACUGUAGCGCAUUUCAAUAUUUGUUUCUUGUGUGAAAUCUUGUACAGUCUGUAGGUAAACUCAUUAUUAUUACGAAAAACUCAAAGUAACUCAAAUAUGAAGUCACCUUUUAAUGUUAUGUGACUGGGGGUCUGUAACUAUGGGCCUUAAGAGGGGUACACCCAGGACACCAUGAUAACGGCUAGCUAGCUCCAGAAACUGCAUUUGUUCACUAUAGGGACACUUCAUACUCUCUAAUUAUUUCAAAACAUUUGUCACAAUUAAAACGCUCUUGUUUGUCUGGCUACAAAAUAUGAGCGGAUGUCUCCAUUGUAGGCCAGCAUCUUCCAUGUGUUUUUAUUAUUGUGGUCCUGUUACACUACCUGGAUGUAAAGUAGUCAAUGCUUAGCGCUGCCAAUGGAGACCUGUUGUACACCUGAGGGAAAAUAAGAUGUUUUCAGCUAUACGAUACAUUGUUUUAUAUCAGACGUAGCCAUAUUGCCAUGUGGUUUGUGAAGAGUAGUAAUAAAACUGUGCAAUAGAUCAAUGCUGUGAAAUAUUCACUAGCUACUCUGCACACACUGUACCUAAUAAAAUGGCCAUUGUUGUUCUCCUUUGCUGGAAAACAUUUAGAGAUGUUGGUUGUAAUAUUUGAACCAUUCAGGCUACUCUCCUCUGAUCCCUGGCAUAAACAAAACCGCACUGGAAAAACCUGUAAUGGAGAUCCCACUUAUCUUCUGUUUAUCCGUAACUAUCAUAUGCACUACUAAGCUGUGUUUAUGCCAUAUAUGUACUCUGGGGCCUUGCCUUCUGGCCAGUAAGUUUCCAUUAGCUCUUUCGUAUCUAGUACACUGUGAUUGUUUUGUUCACAGAGGUGAGACUUGUACAUAAUCCUGCCUUCUUUGUGGUUAGGUAGGUAUAGGACACUAGACAUGGACUAGACUACCAUUGUCAGCCAUCAGUUUAACCCACUUAAUGCUACAAAAUCUCAAAUUUCAAUAAGAAUUUUUGAUCUGGUCGACAGUUUGUGAAUACACAGCUCACAUUUAAAACAGUGUCAUGUCAUGUCAGUAGCCAUGUCGUAUAGAAUAGAUUCUCAAUAGAUCUCAACGCAAGGCUUUUUUCGGGAUUAAAUGUUAACUGCUCCAUUUGAUAGGAUGAAGGUGCUGCCAAGGUUGUGUCUGUACAGAGGAGAUAGGUGCGUUAUCUUGGGUCACAGAAACAAUAAGCCAUAGCCUCUGGUCCAGUCUAAUGUGUUUGCUUUGUACUGCCUCUCCGUCCUGUCACUGAUGGAGCAGAUUAUGACUGUCAAGCCAGUCUGGGUGUUAUGGGUAAAAUCCCGCCUGUUAGUUUAGCAGUUAGUAUUUAAUAAGAAGAUAGUGAAAUAGUAAUCUGGUAAAUUAAAUAGUGCAUUUAUUCGAAAUACACACUGAUCAUGCAAAAUAUGUAAAGAAAAUAAGAUGCCAUUUUUAUUAUAAUUACCCUUAAUCAGCCUUAAUAAAGCAUGAACAAACGGUUUAAUAGAAAUGAUUCAGGGUUAGUAUAUGAGGGGUUAGGAUUAGGAGUUAGGGCAUUAAUUAAGAAGUUACCAAACCAUAAACUAUUUCUUAAUUAUGAAUUAAGUCUUUGUUCAUGUUUUAUUAUUAAAGAUGUAGUUAUUAUAUUAAGUUUUUACCAAGAAUAACAUCUCUUUGUCACGUCACCUGUUUUUGUUUGUUUGUUCAUAAAGUUGUGUCAGGAAAUUGCGUAGAAGUUUAGGCAAAUAUCAAGAGCACAAUAUUAAGUGGUAGUAAGAAGGAAGUGUGGUUAACCAGUAAAUGUAAGUGCAGGGUAUGGUCCCAAUCCAUUAAAAUGAUAGUAUUGAUGACAUUACUGAAGAGAAGUUUGGUUAUAGGUCUGCUGAAAAUGAAAGAAUGAAGUUUGGUUAUAGGUCUGCUGAAAUGGUUAGGUACAAAAAUCUAACUUACACAAUACAUUUGUCUAUAUGGCUGCUAUAUAUUGGGUAGGCAAAAAGGAGGAAAAAUAGCACAUUUAAAAACUUCUGCAGUAACUUCUAAUGGGAAAAAACACUUUUAACACAUCUCAAAAACAAAACAUUUAACUGAAUGAUUUCUUAAAUGUCAAACUGGAAGACAUUUACGCGCAUCCCGACAACUUUCUUUUUUGUAAUUGGUGGCUGUCUGUUGCUGUGUGCACCACCGCAGCAUCUUUUGUGUGGGAGAGAAACAGGAAGUCACACUUAUCAAGAGUGAUGCCAUGUGAAUCACUCCACUCAUCGCACAUAGGAAUACACCAGGUGGAGAUUUAUAGACAGGCAGCGGUGAAAAUACCACCAGACGGUAUUCAACAAACCAGUCCGAGCACAGAGGAGAACGGGUCGGCCAAAAGUCUGUCCCAAGUCGAUUGGUUUUCUUCUCAAACUUUUUGCCACAGAAUCUUGCUUUUUUAAUUUUUUAUAGGUCAUCUUUAUCUAUGACAUACACAACUAAACUGGGCCCAAAAUCAACACCAAACCGUGUCUUAAAUCAGCCAUUCAGUUUUGACUUAAGGAUGACUAAACCAGGAAGAUGAUCUAAAGUGGGACAAUAAUAGAUUUUUUCAUCUUUAUAAACACCAGUUUCUCAAAAUUCCUCAGGUGUUUAGUCUAGCAAAGACAAAACUUUACAUAAAUGAAUGUUCUUGAAUACAAUUAGCCCGUGGUGUAUCAAAUUCAUCGUCUGGGUCCUUUAUGAUAACAUAUUGUACAGGUAAUUCUCAAGUGCUAUUGUUGAGAUCCUAAGGCACACACAGAGGACAUUAGAGGAGAAUAGCGGCUUUGAGCUCUCCAAAGCAGAUCUGCCUUCCUAUAUAUUAACACCUAUAUAUACAGUAAAUAUGUAAGCCACUUUCUGUGUUACGUAUUGAUCGGUUGUGAUAUGUUCUUUGUAUGUAAUGUGUAUUUCUUGUGCAAUUUAAUGUCUUUGGCAUCUUGUCUGCUGCUGUGCUAUGUUUGAAAAGUCUUGACAUAAACGUUUAUUUUUCAAGUGGGGUUGAUGGGAUUUAGUUUUUUAUAGAAGAGGGACGUAUUUUGCAAAAUGAAAAAUGUAUGAAGCAUGUAUCAAAGAUUGUUGUCAGUAAUGGGCUGUGAAUAUGUAGCCACUACUUACUUUCAAUCAGACUCAGUACUUGACUCCAAAAGCCAUAAUAACUUUAAGAAAAGCACAGCUCUUUGGGGCUCUGUCAGGGGACUUCAGGAUGACUCAUUGAAACAGAACAGAAAGAGUAAUCACUUUAUAAUUUCUACUAGAACUCUUGUAAACUUGUGGGAAUUAGUCAGACUAAUGCAUUUGAAAGAAGACCAAUUUUGUGAUAAUCUAUGAUACACUGUUUUUAGAUAACUACUUUCAUAUAUAUAAACGGUUAUAACUGGAUCACUACACCUUCUCAGGCCUUCAUCGGUUUCCUGCUCCUCAAGAGUUUGUGCCAGGUGCUGUUUGGGUCAUUUUUAAAUCGAAGCACCUUUUUAUGGGGUGAAAUGCUUCAGUACAAUCUAUUGUCUCCACAAAACAAAAACAGCUUUAAUUGACCAUUUCUCCAGAGACAUGAGCAUGCUGGCUUCUGCUGCAGAUGGACCGGCCCCAAUAAACUAAAGAGGAAUGGCUUUGCAUGGUUCGCUUCUGUGACUGCAGGAUAGAUGCAACCCAGUAGGCAUUACUGAACUACAAUAACAAUAGACUUAAU